AUGAGGAAAACCCCCGCUGAGGACAUCUGCAGAGGAACGGGACCAGAACCGGACCCAAGCCGAGACCAAAGCCUGCGUCCUAUAAUCCGCUUACGCAGCGACGACAACGUCAACAACGUGCCAAAGACAUCACAGAGCGCGCGUGGGGUAAUUACGCACACAAUGGAGCGUACUCAGGUCAUGGCGGAGCUGGCCUUCUACCCGGCGGUGGCGCUGCUGUAUUUCUUCGGCGUGAUGCGGGCUUCUAAGGAGGACAAGGUGGAGCUGGACGACCGAGCUUCUCUGAACGUGUUUCUGCUCUUCGUCCUGGCCCAGCCGCUGUGCCUGGUCAUCGGGGGGUACACCGGGAUGGCCACGUACCUCCUGACCGCGGGGGUGUCCUACUACUGGCUGCCCUGGAGGAGAGAGGCCAGGACUGGAGACCGGAGCCCAGGGAAGAAAGACAAGAGGAAGAAGACGGAGUGA